AGUCAAACAACAUAGACAACGUUAAUCAUGGGUGGAACCUCCAUGGCCGGAAGAGUUACCAGGUUUCUGGCGAGUCGCCGCCGGGAACCGGAACUCGACAGCCUCGAGUUUGUGUAUGCGGUGGAGCAACCUGACAAGAGUGUUGGUGAUGUUGAGUUUGAAUUUCUUGAUGUCGACGGAGAGAUGAUGUUAGCUCAAAGUUCUAGCAGCGAUGAGUGUCAUCACACGAAUGAAAUGGAGUUGGAAGAAGACGAGGAAGACAAAAUUGGUACCACCGAGGAGAACAGAAGCUUUUGGGAUAAUCAACACCAGGUUUUGCAGGCCAAUAUAAGCAGAACAAGUUCUUUGGAAUCAAGGAUAAGGCAUGCCACCAAAGAAGCGCUUCAUGAAAUACAAAGCACAGAAACCGUUUGUGGUUGUAACAGACAAAUGGCUGCCACCACUUGCCGAAACUGCUUGAUGAGAGAAGUUUCAAGGCGGCUUCAGAAAGCAGGUUAUAAUAGCGCCAUUUGCAAAACAAAAUGGAGAAGCUCACCGGAUAUUCCAUCAGGUGAACACAAUUUUUUGGACGUGAUAGACAAUACAAGCUCAAAGAAAGGAGAGGUGAGGGUGAUCGUAGAGCUGAAUUUCCGAGCAGAGUUUGAGAUGGGAAGAGGAAGCGAGGACUAUAAUCGACUUGUUCGGAGGCUUCCAGAGGUGUUUGUGGGGAAAGUAGAGAGAUUAAGCAACCUAAUAAAGAUAUUGUGCAUGGCAGCCAAAAGGUGCAUGAAGGAAAAGAAAAUGCACAUGGGACCAUGGAGGAAGCAUAGGUACAUGCAAGCUAAGUGGUUAGGUCCAUGUGAAAGGAACACUUCAACAACCCCACUUUCAAUGGGAUAUUCUAAGAGUAUUCCAAAGCAAAAACCAAAGGCAUCCAUGUUGACUGUUGAUCUGUUGGAGAAGCUUCCCAAUAUGCAUUGCACAGCGGUUGAGGUUGUCUAAUAUAUAUAGAUAUAUAUAUAUAUAUAAGAGGGAUAAGCCUAGUUUUUCUCCCUCUUUAGUUUUGGUAAAUUUAUUUUAUUUUUUCACCCCUUUCCUUGAUGAAAAUUAAAGGAGUGACUCGCAAAUGUGUUGGAAUAGAAGAUUAUAUAUGUUGUUAUGAUUUGCUGUGAUAUGUUGUAACCUGUAGUUUGUUAGGAUAUGUAUAACUGAGUCCUAUUGUAAUUAGGUGUAGUUACUUAUCUUUAGGAAGUUGUUUUACUAUUUGGUAACAGACUGUUUGGUAACAGCCGUAACAGCCUAUUCUAUUUAAGAUACAUUGAUGUACAGUUUUAAAUCAAUGGAAAUACUAUCAAUUGAUACCAUUUAUCAUGGUAUCAGAGCGAU